CCUCUGCACCGCUUCCUCAGCUGCAGGAUCAUCAGCUUGUGGUGCAGACAAAAAACCAAAAAAUAAUUGACAGGAGGAUGGCGUUGAAACAGGUUUCCAGCAGCAAGAGCUUUGGGGGAUUCCAGAAAGUUUUUGAACAUGACAGUGUUGAACUGAAGUGCAAAAUGAAAUUUGGUGUUUACUUGCCACCAAAGGCAGAAACUGCAAAGUGCCCUGUAUUGUAUUUCUUAUCUGGUUUAACUUGCACAGAACAAAAUUUCAUAACAAAAUCUGGUUUUCAGCAAGCUGCCUCUGAACAUGGCCUUAUCGUCAUCGCUCCAGAUACCAGCCCCCGUGGCUGCAAUAUUAAAGGAGAAGAUGACAGCUGGGACUUUGGCACUGGUGCUGGAUUUUAUGUGGAUGCCACUGAGGAUCCAUGGAAAACCAACUACAGGAUGUAUUCUUAUGUAACAAAGGAGCUUCCCCAACUUGUAAAUGCCAAUUUUCCAGUGGAUCCCCAAAGGACGUCUAUUUUUGGCCACUCCAUGGGAGGUCAUGGAGCUCUGAUUUGUACUUUGAAAAAUCCUGGAAAAUACAAGUCCGUGUCAGCCUUUGCUCCGAUUUGUAACCCAGUGCUCUGUGUCUGGAGCAAAAAAGCCUUUGCUGCAUUUUUGGGACCAGACCAAAACAAGUGGCAGGCUUAUGAUGCUACCCAUCUUGUAAAAUCCUAUACCGGUCCUCAGUUGGACAUACUGAUUGACCAAGGAAAAGCGGACGAGUUUUACAACGAGUUACACCCUGAGAACUUCAUAGCUGCCUGUACAGAGAAGAAAAUCCCUGUUGUUUUUAGAUCACAAGAGGGUUAUGAUCAUGGCUACUACUUCAUUGCCACCUUUAUUGCUGAUCACAUCAGACAUCAUGCCAAAUACCUGAAUGCAUGAAAACGUCACAGAAGAGAAUCACUACUGGAGAUGGAAAAUUGUAAUAAAGAGAA